UCCUCGCCCGCGCGAGCCUGAGCCAUACAGAGUGACGUAUGAGUUAUUCCGCGGCUUUCCACAUCCGUGGGUGCCAGCUCACCAAGUAUAAACCCAAUCCCGGGAGUUCUGCUUGUCACUCACUCAAUCGCACCGACUCCGUCACCAGAGCUGAACUUCAGCGGAGAUAGCAGGCACUUUCUCGGCGCUCAGGCUAGCUCGCUUUCGGCUUUGGUUCGAGAUGGAGACUCGCUCGACUGCACGGAGAUCUUGGAGCUCCAAAAUCCACAACUUCAAGAGUGGGCUCACCCUGUGGCUGGUGCUGUGGUUGGUGGUGCUGAAGCCGAGUGGGGUGGGGGCAUGUCCAAGGCUGUGUGUGUGUUACCCGUCACCCAUGACGGUUAGCUGCCAGUCUCAGAACUUCACCACCGUGCCCUCCGGCGUGCCCUACGACUCCCAGCGCGUCUUUCUGCAGAACAACCGCAUCACCGAGCUCAGAGCAGACUCCUUUGGCUUCGAGACACAGGUCCUCUGGCUCUACUCCAAUAACAUCACAUUGAUUGAGGCUGGAGCCUUUAGCAACCUGAGGGUUCUAGAAGAGCUGGACCUUGGUGACAACCCGUCGCUACGGCGACUAGAGGGUGGAGCGUUCCGGGGACUGGAGAAGCUGCAGAGCCUGCACAUGCACCGCUGUAAGCUGGCCGCUCUUCCCCUUGACCUCUUCCUCAAACUCUACAGCCUGCAGUUCCUCUACCUGCAGGAGAACCAGCUGCACUUCAUCCAGGAUGACCUCUUCUCCGACCUGGUCAACCUGACCCACCUCUUCCUGCAUGGCAACCGUAUCCGCACACUGUCCGAGAACUCGUUCCGCGGCCUGGUCAACCUGGACCGCCUCCUGCUCCACGACAACCGCAUCCGGCAGGUGAACCGCCGUGCCUUCCGCGACCUGGGCCGUCUGACCAUCCUCUACUUGUUCAACAACUCCCUGGCAGAGCUGCCAGGCCAGGCCAUGAACGACGCUGUGGCAGUGCAGUUCCUCCGCCUCAAUGGGAACCCCUGGUCCUGCGGCUGUGAGGCCCGCCCCCUGUGGGAGUGGUUCCGUACUGCCCGCAUCUCCUCCUCUGAGCUGAUGUGCUCAUCCCCCUCCCACCGCCGUGGACAGGACCUGCGCUUCCUCCGAGAGAUGGACUUUGCCCUUUGCCCCCUCACUGACCCCGGGUCACUGGCUGGCACCACCACAACCACCUUUAGCACCAAGACAAGAUGGUGGUUCUCCAAGCACAAGCCUGCGUCCUCAUCCAAAGGAAUCUUCCAGAAGAGCUCGGAGAAGGUCAAGGUGUUUCCCUUGUCCUCAGUCAAGCCCAGCCAGACCUCCAGCCCUUCCUCCACCUCCUUCUCCUCUAAGUACGAGCUGGCGGAGGAGGAGGUGAACCUUCCCAAGGUGGACCAGGAGGACUACUGGGCAGACUACGGGAAUGAAGACGCCUCUGUGCGCUGCUUCGAGCUUGAGUGUCCACCCGGUUAUGAUACUCCGAUCCUCCCGCCCUCCUCCUCCUUCUCCCUCACUCCGUCUUUACUCCCUCUCCUCUCCCUUUCUGUGCUAACUCUGUCCCUCCAUCUUCUCUUUGGCUGAACACCCCCCCCACCCCACCCCAUCAGCCGCUCCUUUUCUCCAACUUUAUUUUCUCCCUCCUCUUUCUUCUCUUCACACCUGGAUCUUGUUUGCUUUCAGUUUCCCGGCCCCCAGGGGGCGGUACACUGAUGUAGAAGCAGGCAGGCAGUAGGGAGCUGCUCUCAGGAGCACAGGUGAGAUGCAUUGUAGGCUAGCACCAUUUGAUUGGAGGGCACCGCUGCUGCUGAAAGGGCUGAGGUCCUUUUUCACAGAGAGAAAUCACAGCAGCAGGUUCUGUCACCGUGACAGCACGAUAGUGUGGUCAGUUUACGCGAGCUCCAAUCACUACUGUACCACCGCACUAACACAUCACACACCAGGACACUUACACGUCCAUACAUGUAGCACUGUAACACAAUACUGCAUUCAAUUCAUACCUCUCAGUAACAUGGUGAUGUUUUGAGGAAGUUUUUCACCACAACUACGAGUUUGUAUAUGCAGCAAACAACGCAGGCGUUGGCUAUUUUGUACGGUGCCAAGCGCUCACCAUUGUAAACCACUCCAUACCAGUUCUGCAACGAAAAUAUUUUCAAAAGCAACACUUUCUUUUGUUUUUGGUUUAAUGACAUCAGAGUCAUCUUUGUACACUGACCUUUCAACUUUCACCUCUCCACCUGCGAUACCAGAGCUACAGCAGCAAGACAGAAAGCACAGAGGGCAUCUCAUAAAGGAAAUAGUAGGAAGAACAAUGAUGGUAAAAUACUGUAGUGAGACAACUAUCAGUGAAAUGGUAGAGGAGAGGUAGAUAUAAGUCAACUAUGAAGAAAAGGAGGGUGUUAAUGUACAGGUAUAGGAGAGAGAGAUAACAAGUUAAAGUUACAAGGAUGAUGACAAACAAGAGAUGAUAAAAUAGAGAGAGAAGCAGAGCGAGUGUGAGAGUGAAAGGAUUGUUAAGUUGUUAAGACGUACAGCAGAGAUUGGGCCAAGUCAAAGAUCAGGCCAGGUCAGACAUCAGGCCAGGUCAGAGAUCAGGCCAGGUCAGAGAUCGGGUCAGGUCAAAGAUCAGGCCAGGUCAGACAUCAGGCCAGGUCAGAGAUCGGGUCAGGUCAAAGAUCAGGCCAGGUCAGACAUCAGGCCAGGUCAGAGAUCGGGUCAGGUCAAAGAUCAGGCCAGGUCAGAGAUCAGGCCAGGUCAGAGAGCAGGCCAGAUCAGAGAGCCAGCAAGGGAGUGAAAGCAAGGGCAUCUCUCCAGCUCCAACAUUUGACAUGUAAUCUAUUUUUCCUGUCAACACCAUCAAUAACAAGCACACUGAAAAUAUCUCACACUUUAAACUCUGUACAUAGGUACUGAUACACUUAUGACACUAUAUACAGUAGCAACAUACAUGACACUGCUGUGUAGUUUAGUGUAUGAAGCCCAUGCUUCAAUGUUCUUCUUGUUUUCUGCUUUUUGUUUUGGUGAUUGUUGCCAUGAGUGACGCCAUCAUGUGUAUUCGUGUACUAUAUCUAAAGAUUGAGGAGAUUUGAAGAGAACUUUGGUUUCCUUCAAUUGUUCGUCUCUACCUUUUAUUUUAAAGUCUGUGGUUACCCUCUUGACCAGAGUGUGUGUCUCUGUGUUAUUGUGAGAUGUGCACAGAAGGACAGUACUGGGGAGAACCUAUAGCCCAUUAUGGUGACUGAAGCCAAGGUCCAGCCCGGUUGAUCCAGUCCAAAUGAGUUGACCUGCUGUGGGUCAGCAGCAGAUGAGGAGUUCCCAGUCAUCCCUGAUAUGUGUGUGUGUGUGUGUCAGCAGCCUCUCAUGUGUUAAAAGACUAUUAACGACCCCUUUCGUUCGCAAGCUGUCAUAUUUCAAGCAGCUCUCGUAUGUUAAUGAGUCUGAGUCUAAGAGGAUUCUGCUGUGAGCAGAAAACGCAGCUGUUUGAUUCCACACACACACACACACACACACACACACACACACACACACACACACACACACACACACACACACACACACACCACACCCACAGCAGGCAUGGCUGAAUGUAAAUCUCUGGCGAAUCAAAUGCAAAUCCAACAAGGUAAUGAUGAGUGUUGGAGCAUUUCUGUUUGUCACUCCUCUCUUCCGCAGACUGAGGUUGAAUGAAGUAAGAAUGAAAUUGUGAUACAGUUACUUUUCAGUGGA